AUGGCGGCCGAAGAAGUCGCACGCGACAAGCGUUGGUGGCCAACGUGGAUUCUUAUAGGCCUUUUCUCGCUCACAUUUCUCGUGUCAUCGCCGCUCAUCGUCGGUUUCACAACAGUUAUAGGGCUGUUUUCAUCAAUUAUAUCAAUUCUCCAAAGUUUGUUUCACACGUCUAGGCUAUCAGCGGAUGGGCGACUUGGGUCUCUCUUGACCCGCUCCGUGGACCGUAUACGCUGGGUCUUGCGUAUCAUUGUUGGACUAUGGACCGUUCUCGCACUCUACCUAGUCUAUUGGCCUGUUUUCCUUAUAGCAAUUCUUGUGGUUCCCGGUGUUUUCAAGGCAGCAGACAUUGCUACAAAGUCAUUGUCACAAAUUGCUAUAAAGGCUUUAGGCGAACCUGACGACACCGAAAGCUGGGAUUCACUGCCAAAAGCUGUCGUGUACAUCAUCCUCAGAAUUUCACGCCACUUCUCAAAUACCUGCGAGCACGGCCGAGGCCACCUGAACGCUACAUGGCGAGCUUCACCUAAACCAUUACACUUGCUAUAUGAUCAACUAUGUCAAGCUGUUGUUGGCGCCGCUAAUUCCGCGGCCGCUGAUUUCCUUGCCGAGCUAGUCGCCCGGAUAGUCUCAUCCGUUACCAAUUUGAUCAUCUCAAUAUUCGAUAUCCUCCAUGUCCUGGUUGUUGGGAUCUUGCUGGACACACAGAACCCGGACGCUGGGAACGAGAGUCUGUGGCUUGUAUUUAUAAUUGUACUGCCUAUAUUCACUACCUGGCUCGCUGCAAUUCUUGUGCCUUUCGUCGACGCCUACAAGGAGGCUGUAACAUCAUCGCUUCUGAAAGCUACCGCAUCAAAUUCGAUCAUAUACAAGUCCUUACAGUCGGGCAAAAGUCCAAACGAUUCAUGCAUCAGGCUACUCGAGAUCCUUCCAGGUGGAUCAGGUGAGCCCAUUAUAUGCAAGCUUGCUGUUGCAGACCUGAGCGGCCAAAACAUCCCACCAUAUGAAGCACUAUCCUAUGUUUGGGGUCCACCCGACAUGAAUGAACACAUCGAAAUCAACGAGCACACGUUUUACAUUUCUCAGGUCCUGCUACAAGCACUUUUGCAUUUGCGGGACACGACAAAUCCGCGAACAUUAUGGAUCGACGCACUGUGUAUUAAUCAAUUCGAUCUCGACGAAAGGAGCUCGCAAGUUUUGCUGAUGCCACUCAUAUACUCAGAAGCAACCCGAGUGGUUCUGUGGCUUGGUGAAAAUGAGCCUUGGGGUCUUCAAUAUGCAAUUGAUCGCGUUAAAUCAUUCAAGCUGAGUGAUUCCAAUACUGAGAUCUCAAUGCCAUAUUUUCAUUUUGGCAUUGUGUACGUUGCGGCCAAGCUACUGCGGAGACCAUACUGGACUAGAGUAUGGGUUGUCCAAGAACUUGUCUUGGCAAGAGAUAUUCUUGUUUCCUGCGGCAGAUUCACUUGCCGGUGGGAAGAGCUUCAACGACUUGUCACAGGCUGUCUGUCUCGUUCGUUCUUUCCAAUCAACCACGUCUAUCUUGAUGAGUUCUUGGCUUUGGAGGCCAAUCACGAAUUGCGAGCCUCAACCCAAAGGGGCGAUCAGAGUAUUGCAGACAUAAUAUUUGAGAAACCUCUGACGACUACCCACGACUCUCAUGCCCCUGAUCUCGUCUCCCUUUGGUACAGAUAUCGUUCUCGCAACGCCACCGACCCUCGGGACAAAGUCUUUGCCUUCAUUGGUCUUGCUGAUAGCUCCCGUGAUCUUUUACAACCCGAUUACAGCCGUCGGGAAUCGUUUCUAUCUAUAGAUCUUGCAAAUCAGUACACAUAUCAUUCUCGAAACCUGUCUGUCGUGGCUUUGGCGGAAAGCGCCAGAGCCAAGUCGCCCACCAUGCCGGAUGCGACGAAUGACGACAGGGAAGCCUAUAUCCCAAGUUGGUGCCCGGCUUUCAUGACGAAUAAUAUCAAGACUCGACAUGGAUUUCGGCCUUUCUGGACAGGUCUACCCGGCGAUGACGGCGACCACUUCCACGGUGCAGGUCGCAUUCCAGUACUUGCUUUACCAGCUCAGUCUUCUCCCCAAGUCGGAGAGUUCUUGUUCGACCCGACUUAUCAUUUCUUGGAAAUCCAUGUGCUCUCAAAUUUUGGCAUCGCCGUCUCGAGUGAUGGACGCUUACCAGGACAGUGGGAUGAACUAGUUGCCUCAAACAUGAGAAACAGUUGGCGCCAAGAAACCAUACAAAACUGGAAACUGGCCCAAAGAUUACUGGCAUCGAGAGGCACAAGGGAAGGAACUGAGACGACCGAGCCGUCAGCUGGGAAUGCGGCGUUAGAAGAGUUAAUCUACCUCACACUUACAGCCGGAAAGUUCUCGCGCAGGCCUUCACCUGAAAAUGAUGAGCAAUACCGUCAAUACCACGAAGCUCAUCAACAAGCAUGUAUUGGCAGGCGACCUUUCAUCACCGCAGAUGGGCGGCUCGGUCUGGGCCCCAAAAGCCUGAAGAGUGGUGACGAGUUACACCUCGUUCUCGGUAUGGGAACUCCAGUGAUACUGCGAAAAACUGCUCCCGAAUGGAACAAACCAGGAAACAACGUCUCAGAACUAUACAAUCCGACAUGGCUGUACAUUGGCCAAGCCUAUGUUCAUGAUAUGAUGAAGUACAAUGGCGACUUGGCGGCAGACAUUGACUCAGGGGAGGUUAUACUAGAGAAACGCAUACUUGCGUAA